AUGUGUGUUUGUUUGAAGGUUAUCAAAGAAUACGAAAGAGUUGUUAUCUUCCGUAUCGGAAGAUUGGUAUUCGGUGGAGCACGUGGACCGGGUAUGAUCUUCAUCAUCCCAUGUAUUGAUACAUACCGGAAAAUUGAUCUUCGUGUUGUUUCCUACGCCGUCCCCCCACAGGAAAUUCUCUCAAAAGAUUCUGUAACUGUAUCCGUCGACGCUGUUGUCUACUUCCGUACCUCCGACCCAAUUGCUUCCGUCAACAACGUUGACGAUGCCAUUUACUCUACCAAACUUCUCGCUCAGACUACAUUGAGAAACGCUCUAGGAAUGAAAACUUUGACCGAAAUGCUUACGGAACGCGAAGCUAUUGCUCAACUUUGCGAGACUAUUCUUGACGAGGGAACUGAACAUUGGGGAGUUAAGGUAGAACGUGUAGAAGUGAAGGACAUCCGUCUCCCGCAACAACUUACUCGUGCUAUGGCCGCCGAAGCCGAGGCCGCCCGUGAAGCUCGUGCCAAAGUCGUCGCCGCCGAAGGAGAGCAGAAAGCGUCGCGAGCUCUCAAAGAAGCCGCUGAUGUCAUUCAAGCCAACCCAGUGGCUCUUCAGCUCCGUCAUUUGCAAGCACUCAACAGCAUUGCCGCUGAACACAACUCAACCAUCGUUUUCCCGGUACCAGUGGAAAUGUUUGGAGCAUUCAUGAAAAAAGACCAAUAA